AUAAACUAUGCUAUUGUACUCCUAAGGCGUAUCUGAGGCUGGUGGUGUAUUUCUUUUAUAUGAUGGUGUAGUCAGCUAACCAGUAGCUUAGUAACAAGGUGCAGCAUGAAACCAGUAAUAAUGAGGCACUGUGUUCUCCAUGGACCUAGUGGAUCAUGUCUCUGAUCCUGUUUGCCUUCGUGGUUCGUGUCAGGGAUGGACUCCCCCUGUCGGCCUCCACAGACUUUGAACACAACCGAGAGCUCCAGGAGAGGAAGCAGCAGCUCAGGACCGUCAGCAAGGCACUGGCCCGCCUCCCUGACAGAGGGACCAUCAAGGGCCAGGAGCUCAACAUAUACUUCGUCUCUUCAGAGGGUGUAUCCUUCAUGACCGUGUGCCACUGCAGCCUCCCUGUUGCUAAGGCCUUCUGCUUCCUGGAAGAUCUGCGAUGGGAGUUCACAACAUGCUUCAAUAGCACUGUUGUUGCCUUGGCAGCCAGGCCAUAUCCAUUUUUGGAAUUUGACAGCACCAUUCAGAAGCUGAAGCAGCAGUACAACCAGAGCGGGGGUCCGGCCCUGGAGGUGACAUUGGCAGAAGUCCAGGGGGAUCUGAGGACCCAUCCACCACAAGUAAUUAACUUGGAAGAAGUGGAGCUCACCAACGGCACUGCAAAUGGCCACAUGGAGCAAGGUCCUGGAUCUGGUCAGAAUGUAAGACUUGAGCCUGUGUCCGUGUCAGGCAUCCUCUCUCUGGUCCUAAAUAUCAUGUGUGCUUCUUUGAACAUAAUCCGUGGUGUUCACCUCAUAGAGUACACAUUCCAGGACGAUUAUGAAGGUAUCUGGAAUGUGGUGGCAUUUCUUCUGGCGUUUGUCUGCUGUGUGCUCCAGUGCCACCUUUACCUGUUCCAUUCAGCUCUGAAGAAGUUCAAGUCCCUCACUCUGCUGAUUGUGAUCGUCCUAUGCAACCUCUACCUGCUCGGCAUGAGGAACGUGUGGCAGCUCGUCUUCCACAUCACAGUCGCCUCCCUGUCCACCCUCCUCAUCCUCACCCGCAAACUCCAAGACAGAAGCAGUGACUGCGGCGUCUGAGGAGCAGGAAGCAGAGGACACUUCACUGCCUCGCACAGCUCAUUCAGCGCAGGUGAGAGCGACACAGAGGCAAACGGUUGGAUGAGCUAUGAAGAUAUCAUGUCGAUUUUUAACAAAAAACAUAUUCCAAAAGUUGCGUCAUCAUGGAAAAAUUCUAUUUACAAGUUAAUAUUUUCUUGUAGACAAUAUGUACUUGCACUUUGUGUACAUUUUUUUCCAAGACUGUAAAGAGUACAGUGACAUGCAGUUCUUUCUGGAACCGUAACAAAUAUUGACAGAAAAAGAUUUGUUUUUGUUCCUAGAAACAAAAUGUUGGUGCCAUCCUGUCCAAAACAGUUUUUUGCAGAAAAUGAAGGAGUUUUUUCAGUCACAAUUGCUGACCAAAGUUUUUCAUGUAGGAACAGUAAUUUCAUCUGUUGAAGCUGGUUAUUUUUGUGAUUUUGAUGCAUUUCUGCUCACAGUCAGCUCAGUAUUAUUAUCUUUGUAUAAUCAGUUUUCAACUUUCAUAAGUGACAGUUGGUGAUUGUAAUGGACAUUAGAUUUAAUUGUAUUUUAAAAACACUCUCACAUGGUGGAUUGGCAGACAGUUUACUAGUCCAUCCUGCAUUGGUGGUGGUGACAUACUUAAUUAUUUAGCCUGGUUUGAUUUAAGAUCAGCGACAGUCAAGCAAAGCGGACAAUGCAGCUAUUUAUUUUUCCCUUAUUUGCUCAUUAAGCUAACCUGAUUCAAAGGUGUAAAUGUGGGUAGUUUCAUGCCUUACUGGGUGAUAAUACAUGUUGACUUAUGUACAGAUUCACCAGAAAGUGCUCAGCUAGUCAUUGCAAAGGUUUAAAUGUAAGGGCUCCGUUAUUUAAUGGAAACUACAGUCAACACUGAGGGAAUAUUAGUCCUAUAGUCAUGUAAGGCAUAUUAUCUUACUAUUUUCAACACAUUUUGUGAUAAAAAAGGAUCAUUUUAUCACAUCAACUCCAUUUAAAAAACAAAUUUUGUACGAUCAAAGACAUAUUUAGAUAUUUUAGUUUGCGCGUUUUUAUCUUUUUCUACUGAUCUCUGCAUUAUCGAAAUGUAAACUGCGGGUAAGAAUGAAGGCACUGAUUUGAUGGGUAAAAUUUAUUGAAAGUUGUUCGACAAAAAUGUUUGACUGCACUAUUAGGCGUAGAUAUUUUUGUGUUGGGUAUGGAAUAUGUUCUUAAUUGUAUUGUGUAUAUCGGGUUCAGCUAUUUAUAUCCAGAUUUAUGUUUACCUGGUUAAUUUUUUUGUCUGGCUUCAGGGUUUAUAACACCGAUCCUAAUCAGUAGAUUAUUAUGAACAUAGAAAUCAUAUGGUUAUAAUCUAUGUUUUAAUAUAGAACAGUAGUGCUGCUAAAUAAAUGGGCAAAGUCUUUUUUUUGUUAUUGUUUUUAACAUUUUGUCUAUUUAGCCUCUUAGACAUAUUUUUUUCGUAGCUAAACAGUUGCACUAAUGUUUGUUAAGCGAGGGAUUUUAAUUAUUAGUUAUAGUGUUCAUCAAACAAGUAGCAUUGUGGCAUUGUGUCCUUUUUGUCAGACUAUUUGAUUAAGAAAGUAAGAAUUUUAAAGGAAAACAAGAAGGUUGCAUCUCAUCAGACAAUCCAAACAUCCUUCACAAUAGUGUACAAAUAUUUAAAAAGUCACUUUCAGCUUGUAGUUCACAAUAAUGGAAACUCAACUUUUUUCACUAGAAACACAAAAAGUAGCAUAGCCGCACAUAACACAGUUGAGCCUCUUAUUAAUAAGUUUAAUUUUAUUCUCAAAAAGCUGUGGAGUGCCAUUUAAAUAAAUGAAAUAAUAUGCCUAUGAAAUAAACACAAAUAUGUAUAUUAAAUAACUCUUGAAAUAAAUGAUAAUAAAUUAUUAUUUACAUUUAUUAUGUGUAUUGUAAAUAUACAUAUGAGUCAACAUAUUACAGUAAAUAAAUAGUUUAUUAUUUUAAAAAAUGUUUCAAAGGAUUACUUUUAAUCAUUUGAGGCACAUUUUAUUACAUAAGACUUUUAUAUAUUUCAUAGGCUUAUUUAUUUAAUUAAUAAUGACAUAAUAAAUGGCAUUCCAUAAGUAGGUUGCGCUAUCUGUGUAAGAAUUAAGAGUGGUUUUGUGACUUUAUUAUUUUUGGUGUGUUCAACUAUAUGACAGAGGAGGUUUUCUUAGACAGGGUCAAUUUAGAAAUUUUCUGUGGUGGACUUUGAUGAAGCUGAAAUAUUUUUGAUACAAAGGAGGUUUAACGGACUCACCAUUUCCACUAUAGCUUACAAGUUGUUGACCAAAUGAAUCGUAAAAUAAUGUUGACGCCAAUGUUCUCAAGGUGUGGAACCAAAUAAUGCAGGGGAUAUUUUAACACUUGAAAUGGAAAUGAAGGAAAACUUUGUUAAUUAAGAACAGUUUAUAGCAUACAGUAAAAAAAAAUAGCUGUACAACUGAAACACAUGGCAGCCUUCUCUUAGUCGUUUGUUUUUAUCAACAUAUGAAGUCUUAAGUCUGAGCUGAAUACAGGAAACGGUUCAUUCAGGACAUUAUAGUUAUCUUGUUCAACACAAAAAACUGUCAGAAUCUAUUGUGUCUAAUUAGAGUAAAAUUAGGUUAUGAGGUUGAUUCAGUGGUUUUUGUGGCUGCAACCUGUUAAUAAUAGUGGGAAGUAAUGUAACAAUGUCAUUCAUUGUAACUGCCAAAUACACUUGUGAUUACAGGGCUUUAUUUUCUCCUGCUGUGGUAAAACUGACAUUUCAUUAAUAAAUAGUGUCUUUUUUUUC